ACAGUGCCAGUGUACAUCUUUUCCUCUAUCCCAUCCUCCAAACAGUACAGUUGUACACCUUUUCCUCUAUCCCAUCCUCCAGACAGUGCCGGUGUACACCUUUUCCUCUAUCCCAUCCUCCAAACAGUACAGUUGUACACCUUUUCCUCUAUCCCAUCCUCCAGACAGUGCCGGUGUACACCUUUCCCUCUAUCCCAUCCUCCAGACAGUGCCAGUGUACACCUUUUCUUCUAUCCCAUCCUCCAGACAGUGCCGGUGUACACCUUUUCCUCUAUUCCAUCCUCCAGACAGUGCCGGUGUACAUCUUUUCCUCUAUUCCAUCCUCCAGACAGUGCCAGUGUACACCUUUUCCUCUAUCCCAUCCUCCAGACAGUGCCGGUGUACACCUUUUCCUCUAUCCCAUUCUCCAGACAGUGCCGGUGUACUCCUUUUCCUCUAUCCCAUCCUCCAGACAGUGCCGGUGUACACCUUUUCCUCUCUUCCAUCAUCCAGACAGUGCCAGUGUACACCUUUUCCUCUAUCCCAUCCUCCAGACAGUGCCGGUGUACACCUUUUCCUCUCUUCCGUCAUCCAGACAGUGCCGGUGUACAACUUUUCCUCUAUCCCAUCCUCCAGACAGUACAGUUGUACACAUAGUAUUUUUGCAAAAUAA